GAACGGCUUCCGGAGAAGACCUAAAGCGCGAAGCGUCGUCUAUUUUUACCUGUUCUUAUAAACGCGACCGAUCGAUUGUACGUUUGUGUGCUAGUUUUUGUCGGUUUAGUUUUUUUUUUUAUUUUGCGCAUAUUUCUAUUGAAGAGCAUUUGCUUUGUUUUUGCGUAUUUUUUUGGAUAUCGAUGCUGUCGAUUAGUCUGUCGUUGUACGUUGUGCAUUGUGUGUGAUGAUGUGCGUUGCGUUUGUUGUUGUUAUUCGCUGAGCAAUACUGUUGUAUAAUCGCACGUUUAACGUUAAAUAUCCAAGCAAUUAAUGACGAGUUAAUAAAAUCCAUUUUGUCCGUGAUAGUGGUUUUUGCCUUUGUCUAAUUUUAAAAAUAUACAAAUCGAAAAUCGAACGUUAACGAAGCCAACAAAGUGGUGUAGUGAGAUAAGCUCUCUUUUAUUAAAGAGGUACACAAAGUUUAACCCAACUAAAGCAUUAUUGUGCGUAAAUAUUUCAAAUCGCCCAUAUUGCUGACAACAGAUACUCUACUAAACAAUCGAAAAAUUAAUUAAUUUUCAUAGUUAAUGUAAUAAAAAUCCCAUAAUCGAAACGAAAGUCAAAAACGAACAACUCGAAACGAAUAAAAAAAAAAAAACUCAACAAAAAACCCCAUGCUAAGAGAUCUAAGCUACAAACGCGUAAUCAUAAAAUCUCGAAUGGUUCAUACCAACUGCUAAAUAAAUAAGCUGAAUUUAAGUUGCUACAAUUGUUCUACUUCACUAAAAUGAGAUAAGAUAAGAUUCUUCAAGUGAAAAAAUAAAAGAGGAAGUUGAUGAAAUAUUUGUGAAAUUUUGUGCAAAACGUGUAAACAAAAUAACAAAUAGUUAAAAAAAAUUUCUAAAAAAGCCAAGCCAGCGGUUAAUUAUAAUUAAUAAUAAUUUUUAAACAGAAGAUUCACGAAUCUGUAACAUCCGCAAGAGCAAGUAUUUCCUACACGCCGUCAACAUUAAAAGAGAAUUUGAAAGAAAAGGCUUCUGGACUCAUCAUCAUCAAAUGUAAAAGGCCAGGAAAGUACCCAAAGUGAAACAAGCAGCAACAGCAGUAAAUAAAAGUAAAGUGGUUGAAAAAGAAUUCCAUUUUCAUUUCUCGAAAAUUUACGACAAGAACUUAGAUCGAAUCAAACCACAAUAAAUUCCCAUACAAAAAAAAACAAAAAAAAAAAAAAAAAAUAAAAAAUUCAUCAACCAAUUAAUUGUUUUAAAUUAAAACGCUCCAAAAGCAUACCAAAACAAACAAAUCACUUAUGAUAGAAAUCACAUAAAAUAAAUUAAAAAAAAAAUAAGUAAAAAAUAUAUAAAUUUUUAAAAUAAUUUUGGCUCCCUAUGAGCAUUAAAGAGCAAAAAUCACCCAACAAGGUCAUUUUAAUAAAAACUCAUCACUAAGCUAACACAAAUUUAAAUUUGUGUCUUUAAACUAAGAAAUUUGCUCUUUAAACUUUCUCAUAAGUAAAAAAAUAAAAAUAUUGAUUUUGUUUUUAUUUAUCUGGCCAGCGGAACAAAUCUAUAGCAGCAAAUAAGGUUUCAGUUUAAGUGAAGUGAAUUGUGUGGCUUAAUAUUUGUGCAAAUAGAAAAAACGAUUGUGAAGUUGGCCCUAAAGGAAACCACAUACAAAAAAAUCAACUUCAAAAUGCCGUCGUCGUCCAAAGUUCAAAGCAAAUUCUUGGUUCAAAUUGUGUUGCUGACAUUGUCGCUGGCAGGUGGCACAGUUUUAGUUAGUGCAGACUCUAACAUACCUCAUCUUUGUGACAGUGUUCAAUGCCCACACCUCAAGGAUAUAACCUGUCCCGAGGACAGUGACAUACGUGAGCUUAUCCCAGAGCCUUUGAUACUUGAGGAGGCAUUUAGCAAUACCUCUCUGGUGGAUCCGCACGAUGAGGCCUAUGCCGAAUGUUGUUUAUCGCAAAAAUGUUUUUGCCGCAAUUGCUACAUACCCGAUUGUGACCAAAACGGAGAAGUGGUAGUGGAGAUAGUUCCCGAAUCCAUGCACACACCGGGUCGUUGUUGUGGCAAAUAUGAAUGCCACAAGGAGCCCAAUUGCACCGAGGUACAGAAUACCGAAAGCUAUUGGCUAACUAAUUGUCAACGCUGCAAAUGCUAUUCGGGCCAAAAGAUGUGCCAUCAAAGUUGUGACGAGGGCAUUAAGAAAUCCGCUGCCAUUUGUGAAUCGAAAAAUUUAAAUCAAUUCUUUGAGCAUGGUGACACCUGGAAGGAUGGCUGUUAUGAGUGUGAAUGUGUUAAUGGGUGGCCAAAAUGUGUCAUAAACUUUUGCAAGGCGGUCAAUUGCCCCGCACAUCGUCAGGUUAUGUUGAAGGAUAGCUGCUGUCCAGUGUGUUGGCCCAAAGGCUUUGCCAUGCCCAAUGGUGAUGAAGAAUAUGAUGAAGAUGGUGAUGCAGAAUCCGGACAUCAUUAUGAUGAUGAUAUGACACACGAUUAUAAUGAUCCAGAGGAUAACAUAGAGCCAAAUGUGGAAUUAAAGCCCAUUGAAGAGGUGGUGGUGAACAGUACAAUGACAGGGAUAAUUAACGAAACCGCAUCCACUACAGAGCCAACCACAACAAUAACAACAACUGAGGCAACUACCACAACUACUACUACCACCACACCUAUACCCACCACAAUGGCUUCGCCCAGUAGCACUACCCCCAAAUCUGAGCCUAAAACGGAACAACCUGCUGAGAUUUCCAAGCAGGUGAUGGCUACAUCCAACACAUCCUCUACCACUGCCUUACCACCUUGCAUGGUAACCACCUCCGCCCCCAAGGAAGGAACGUCCUCUACUCCUGCACCCUGCCAAGAUGCCAGCGCGUAUCAAAUCUAUCCCCAAGUGGUGGAGCUAAUGCGUUAUAGUCAACACAACACUUUGCUCUACACCAUUAUAGGCUGUCUCUCCGUCCUAGUUGUUGUGCUGGCCGCCUGGAAUAUUCACUUGAAGGCCAAACAGAGAUCCUAUCGGCCCGUAUCCAAUUUCGAUGACAAUUGCAAUACAAUGUCCUCCAAUAUUAAAAAGAUGAAUGACUAUGUUUAAGUAGUGCAGCGCCUGAGAUAGCAUUGACUAUUGUUAGCAAGCAGCUAAAGGAACCUAAAAGAAAACUACAUUUUAAGUUGUAUAGUCUUUAGAUCUAAACAAUACAAGUAGUAUACAUGCGUAUAUGUCUUAAAUUUCCAAA